CCUGAAGUUGUCAAAGGACCAUGGACCCAGGAGGAAGACAAUCAAGUUGUCGAAUUAGUUAAAAAGUAUGGUGCCAAAAAAUGGUCACUCAUUGCUCAACAUUUACCUGGAAGAAUUGGUAAACAAUGUCGUGAAAGGUGGCACAAUCAUCUUAAUCCAGAUAUCAACAAAGGACCAUGGACUGAGGAAGAAGAUCGUAUCAUUUAUCAAGCACAUAAAGAUUAUGGUAACAAAUGGGCACAAAUUGCUAAACUUUUACCUGGAAGAACUGACAAUGCCAUUAAGAAUCAUUGGAAUUCAACAAUGAGAAGAAAGAUGGAAAGGGAACGAAGAGAA